AUGCCCAGGCCAAGAACACGUAGAAGGGAGCGUCGCACUGUUCCACAAGGACGCGCUUACAUAUAUUCCACGUUCAACAAUACUCUGGUAAGCAUUACUGAUACCGAUGGAAACGUGAUAGCGUCGGCCAGUGCCGGGACAGUUGGAUUCAAAGGCUCCCGAAAGGGAACGGCCUUUGCCGCCCAGAGAGCAGCCGAGCAGGCAGCCCGCAGGGGAAUGGAUAUGGGACUGCGCAUGAUUGACGUACUAAUCAAGGGGCCUGGCGCCGGGCGUGAAGCGGCCAUCAGGUGCGCUGUGGAACGCCGUCAUUCUCCACCAGGAAACCAGACCAACCGCCGCCGCCGCCCUUCGGACUAUGGGGUUCACCUGCGCGAGAAGCAGAAGGCCCGCCAGAUUUACGGGGUGAUGGAAGGUCAGUUUCGACGCUAUAUGGCUGAUGCUUUCAGUAGCCCGGGCAUUACGGGUUCGAACUUGCUUCGUACCCUGGAACGGCGCCUCGAUAACAUAGUGUACCUUCUUGGGUUUGCCGAUUCCAGGAAGCAGGCAAGGCAAAUGGUUAUGCACGGACACAUCCAGGUCAGAGGAGUGAAGACCAAUAUUCCUUCCUUCCUGGUCAAGGCCGGAGACACUAUUUCUUGGCGAGAAGCGUCAAAGAAUAGCGAUUUCUUCAGGGAGCGCACCGACGGCAUUCCCAAGCGUCCUGUUCCUACAUGGUUGUCCUUGGAUGUCAAUGAGAUGAUUGGGGAAGUUGUGGCGCUACCGGCGGACGAGGAUUUGACCCAGUCUAUCAAUUCAAGGCUAAUUGUAGAGUUCUAUUCGAGGUAG